CUUUGGUUAAGCUAGACGGCUAGCAGCUAGCAUAGAGACGCCAUUAGUUGGUGAAAGAACGGUUUCGCAUCAGAUUGGAAACGGAGCUGGUUCCGGUUUAAGACCCGGUUUUCUCUCGGUCGUGGACGGUAUCUCAGAACAGUUCGGGUCAUUUGGGCUGUCGAGGAGUUAUUCUCGUGUUUUUAGCUUUUUUUUUUAAAAAACUCGGAAGCCGAUGUAAGCUCCACUUGAACGUUUAGCAUUAGCAGCGUUAGCUUGGAAACGCCUGUUUUGAUCCAUUCGGAGGAUUUUCGGAACAAAGUUCGGCCAUGUCAUCCGCGGGAGCGGCCGGAACCAGCAACAGAACCUACUCUUUCAAAGUGGUGUUGCUCGGGGAGGGCUGCGUGGGGAAAACGUCGCUGGUGCUUCGGUACUGCGAGAACAAAUUCAACGACAAACACAUCACAACGCUGCAGGCGUCCUUCCUCACAAAGAAGCUCAACAUCACAGGAAAGAGGGUAAACCUGGCCAUCUGGGACACGGCCGGUCAGGAGCGCUUCCACGCGUUAGGUCCCAUCUACUACAGAGACUCCAACGGAGCCGUGCUAGUGUACGACGUCACAGACGAAGACUCCUUCCAGAAGGUGAAGAACUGGGUCAAAGAGCUGAGGAAAAUGUUGGGGAACGACAUCUGUUUAUGUAUAGUUGGUAAUAAAAUCGAUUUGGACAAAGACAGACAUGUUUCUGUGGAGGACGCUGAGAGCUAUGCAGAGUCGGUGGGAGCCAAACACUACCACACAUCAGCCAAGCUAAACAAAGGCAUUGAGGAGCUCUUCCUGGAUCUCUGUAAAAGAAUGAUGGAGACCGCUCAUGCGGAGGAGAGGGCAAAGGGCAACGGGGCCAGCCAAUCAGCAGCAACAAGGCGGGGCGUACAGAUCGUCGACGACGAGCCCCAAGCCACGCCUGCCGGAGGAUGCUGCUCCUCCGGCUAACACACUCUCACGUGCACGCUCGUCCUCUGUCCUACAUGCUUACAGGCAUAAAUCCAUGCAUUUAUCAUCGUCUGUUGUCCGGUUGAUCCGCUUGAAACUAAUCUGGCUCUGCCACUAAGGAGCAUGGGAAAUCAUAUUUAAGUUUGUUCAUCUCUGUCCCUCCGAAAUAAAAGCUACAGAAGUCGUCCUGAUCAAAGCGAGUGGUGCUUUCACAGCCUUUCUGUUCAGCCAACGUCAGGGAGAAAACCGCUGCUCCACCUGCUGGACCGGAGCAGAAAGAGGAAGUUUGUUUCUUCCCAGCGCCCUGACUGCAGGCUGUAACCCACGUCCCGCUCACGGAGGGGCGUGGAGGUCAGAGGACACCGCCGUCACAGGCUAAUCGCUGAAGCAGCCAUAAAACGCCUCACAGGAGCGGCCGGAGGCAGAUCGGCUCAUCGCUUUACGACGUCGGCAUGUAGUCAGGCGGGCCAGGACUCUACUGAGCAUGCUCUGUGGCUGACCUGAGGAGGCGUCCUCUGCAGACGGAGGUCAGUCAGGUCAGUCCUCGGGAGGGCGAAGCCAAGAAACCAGCGGAAACACCAUCUGACACCAAAAUAAGAGCAGCAAAACCUCACUCCUACAUAUUUUAAAUCAAGCUCCUUUCAGUCAAAGCUGUGGGAGAAUCUUUAAGCAGAGAUUAUGUUAGAAAUCCACUUCAUGUUGUAAUCGUGGGAUGUUUAUGGGGUGAAGGUCUGUGGUCAGACUCGUUCACGGCUGUGAUUAGCUUUCCUUCUACCUGUUUGACUAUUAAAUGUUGAUGAUUGACUCGGA